CCGUCGGCGGCCGCGUGCAGCGCCGUGCUGCGCACCGAGACGGAGCUGUCGCCGCCGGUCCUGCUGCUGCACGGCCGCCCCGUGCUGCGCGAGCGGGGCGCUUGACCCCCGCACGCCCACCCGCUCAUUGCUAUGCGGAAGACUUCUCACGACGGCGCUGACACUAGUUCUAUAACCAGUGGAAUAGACAAUGAAAAGAAAUCUGCGACCAAUUUUAAUAAACUAAAGAAAAGUUCUAUAAAACGAAAAGUUCAAAAUUUUAGUCACGAAUCUGAUGACGGUAUAAUAGAACCAUUGCUACAAACAGAAAAAGAAAAAAUAGAAAUUGCCAAUAGAAGUGCCAAAUAUUUAUUAAAUAAAACUAAGACUGAAAAGACUGUUCACGAAAAGGAUAAUAAAGUUACAGACGGUUAUGCAGAUAAAAGCUCCGUACCUUUGCUUGUAAGCUCAACUAGUAAUGUGAUCACAAACAAUAUGAAAGAUAGCUCAAUGUCUACGUCUUAUACCUGCGAAGCUGCUGCCAUUCACAAUCAUAUGAAUACAAAUAUAUUUAGUACUUUCGACGUGUCCACAGGGUUGAUAACUACUAAAAAUUCAAUUCUUGUUGAAAUUGACUCUAGCAAAAGUGGCAGAUAUAGUCCAAGUCCACUUAUUUUCACGACUGCUAAAAUUCAUACAGAUACUAAAACCAAACCAAUGGAGCCCGUACAGGUUACUCCAGUACCAAUACUAUCAACAAUUGAAGGCAACAUAGUAAAAGCUGGAGUUGUAAGUAAUGCUGAAACAAAGAAUAUAACUUUGCCAGGAAAAGCAGAAAGUAACGUAUUACAACCUUGUAAAGAUAAAGCGUUUUCACCACCAGUAACACUUUAUUUUCCUAAAUCAGAUAUAGCACAUUCAAGUCAAACCAUGAAAAACAAACCUUUGGCAACGGUAUCUUCAGAUUGUUCUGUGAACUUUCUUAGUAAGAAUGUUAACGUUAGUCAUAUGUUGAAUACAGUCAGUAAACCUCAAUCGGUCGGUAAUGACAUUUUAAAGCAGCAAUCUGAUAAAGAUAUGCUUCCUACCGUAAAUAAAAUAACCAUACCAGAUUCAAUCAAGCAAUCAAUAGAAAUAAUUAAACCUGUCGCGAAUAGUAAAAACAAAUCUGAAAAACAUAGUCCUAUAGAUAAAUUAGACGAAAAAUUACCUGCGCUAGAUAAUUUAGACAAUAAAAUUGCACCAACAACCUCGGACACACAAAAUCUAGAUGCAAAAGAUUUAAAAUCACCAGGUCACCUAUUAGAUAGAACUGUUAUUAUUUCAAAAGAUAACGAACUUGUUACAAACUCUUCUGAUUCUAGUAACAAAAAAAUACAACACCAAAAUAAAACACCGUCUGUAUCUACAUAUGAUUCUGUUAACAUCAUUCCUAUAUCAGAUACACAAAGUCAUGAAAAGGAGGCUGAAAAUAAUGUCUGUAUAAAAACAGUAAAAGUAUCUUUACCUCCACUAGUUCAUAAAAGCGAACAUUCUGCACGUACUACUGUGCCAAUAGAUACUAAGGAUCUUUAUAAAAAAUCUACGAAAGAUGUUUGUACAACAAAGGUACAAUCAACAGAAAUUAAAGGUAUCCCUAGUACAAUAUCAGCAUCAACAUCUAAAGUAAAAUCUAUUUCAGAAUCAGGUAGCAUAAAGUCCACAUUAUCUGGUGUUAGUAAAGAGGUCCCGAAGCUUGUAAGAAAAUCUUCAAUUGCAGCACCUGAUGUUAAAGACAACAAAGUGUCAACUACAGCAGCGAUAAAGCCCACAUCCGGUGGUGCUUCGACAAGUACCAAAUUUAGUGCUAUACCAGUUAGUAUGAAACCAGACACUUUAUCAUCUUCAUCUAGUUCUUCACAGUCUGUAAAAACAGAUCAAUCACUUAAAUGUCCUGUAACAACAGUUAAUUCAACACUUCCUUCGUAUAUUGUAUCAACUUCUAAAACGAAAAUAGGUUCAACAUUGACGUCUACUACUCCAGCAACCACAUCAAAAUCUCAAAUUCAAAAACCAUUGGUCAGUAAUACGGCUAGUGCACAAGUGAAACAGUUUACAACACCAAGUGCUAAAUCGAUUCCAUCUUCAUCGGCUGCUAAUGGUACUAAGCAUGCAGUUUUUCCAAAACAAACAAAAUCAAAGCCUGAAACUAUUAAAAAAGAUGGAAGAGCUUAACAGCUUUGAAGAUUCAUUUUGAAAAUGAACUCCUGUAAAAAUACAUCGUAUGCAAAUAACUUACAGAUAAGGCACUUAAUUAUUUCAAAACAAAAUCAAUUAUUCUUACAUAUUAUGAAUGUAGAAUGUCAUUAAAAUUUAAUAUCUAGAUUGUUAAAAGUAGUUGUACAUAAUAAAAUGUUUGUUGAUGGGAUAUGAUUUUCAAACAAUAUCCACACUAAAGUCAAGAAAGAGCAGUCUUUUUGUAAUAUGGUUAUAUUUUUAGACGCAUUGCUUUAAAAAUGUUGUACAACAAUGUAUGGAAGCUGAUAACAAGAAAAAAAUUAUGUAGGUAUCUAUAUUCUUCCUGGAAUAUUAUUUGCUCAGUUACUGAUAAUGGUAAGGAAUUGAGUAAUUUAGAUAAAUACUAUUGUUAUAUUUUAUUGCCUACUUCUAAUUGAUAUAUUUUUCCAAAGCCAUGCCACAUUAUCCAAUUAUUUUAAAAUUUCGCUCAGGUACAAUUUAUGGUUUUCCGUAUGAUUCAGAAAUGUUCUUAUUUUUAUCAAAGUAAAUAUUUCAGGCUCCGAGAAAGGUUAUACGUUAGAAUUUUACUGACCGAAAGACAUACCUCCAUAAUAAAAUUUAAACUUGAGAAUUCUUUACAAUCCCAUAAAACUUUUAAUGUUGCGAUUAUUUUUUUAUAAUAUGUAUAUAAAUUAUAUUAUAACUAUACCUAAGAGUUGUCUCAUAAUUUAACUCAUUUAAAAACCCUAAAUAAUGCUUAGUGGUGCUAAUAUAUAAAAAUAUUUUUCAUAGAGAAUUAUUAUACUUUAAACUUUUCGAUAAAAUUUAGAGAUGAUUAAUUUCGUCUCAUACAAAGUCAAUUUGUAUAAUUUUAUUUAAUUGAUAAAAUCAAUUAAAGAUUUAAUUACAAUAUAUUUAUUAUUCUCUACCUAUUCUUUUUAAUUAUAUUUUUAUUAAAGACGAGAGAAAAAAUCUAAAUUACAGGGUAGUAACAGAUAAUACAGAAGAUGAUUUUAUAGAUCUUAGUAAUAAGUUAACUAUUAAUCUUUAAUUUUCAAAUUCGUAAAUAUUUAAAAUUAGUCUCGGUUUUAUAAAAAAAAAAAAACUAUUAUUUAAGAGGAUUUAGUUUAUUUCUGGAUCUUAAAUUUGAGGAAAGCAUGCUAUCAAUACGUAAAUAAUAAUAAUUCGACAUUAAAUCUAUAUACGAUACAUUUACAUAUAUCUAUAUGAGUAAAUAUUCAGUUAUAAAUUAAUAAUAUAUAAUUCAGAAAUAACAUGUAUUGAUGUGAGUUCUUGUCCUGAGUUGUAUAUUAUUAUAUUAUAACUGGAGAACCGAAGCUUUGCCGCUACUGGGUAUACGGGUAUCAGUUUUUGAAUAAAAGUAAUUCUUGUUAGAAAAAUGUCCAAACCUUCUACUAUCCACAAAGGUAUUUUUGGUCAAUCCUGUAAUAUUUAGGUAUUUUUUGUAUUUCAGUCUUGAUUAUAGUCUCGACUGAAUGACUUACUAUGUAUUCAUAGGAUAGUGCCAUGCUCAAAUUUUGUAUCUACCUACUAGGUAGUACGUUUACGUCCAAUUACAUGUUGAUUGAUCCGUCUAUUUUUUGCGAAUAUCCCGUUUUAUUUGAAUAACAUUAUCAAGAAUCGUUCAAAAAUUAAAACAUACUUUUGUCUCUCUUUUAUUUUAAUUGUAGGCUUUAGUAUAACUAUUCUAAGCCUUCAAUGCCGUUUACCUUUUCUAGACACUGUUAAACAUUGUUUUACAAAAUCUAUAGACUGAAUUAUUACGUUUAUAAUAAUCUAAGCAAAAGUUUUUGUAAAAUAUAUUUUGGAUGAUAUGUUUAAUUUUUGAUGUUUGUUUAUUAUUUUACUUCUGGAAUUAAAUUGUGGUUAAAAGUUUGUUUUGCGAAUACAUAAUCCUAUACUGUACCUGCAAACAUGUGUAUUUCUACAGUUUAAAAAAUCUUGUGUAUUGUUUUAAGCACCAUUGAAACUUUUAACUUUAGAUCAUAAAUAUUUUUGAAAUUUUAAGAAUCAGUAUUAUUAGGAUAAGAGCUAACUUACAUAAGAAGAGUUUUAAAAUCUGUGCAGAAUCUGUAUACCAUACUUUUAUUUACUAUUAGCGACUUCGUCCGCGUGAAAAUCGAUAUAUAAACUUUCAACCUUUUAUUUAUAUUUUCGCGUGUUUCGUAUAUAAUAAAUAAUCCACUAAUCAUUUAUAAAAUAUAACUCAGUACAUGAACGAUUAUUAUUUAAAAACUUUCAACUCUUUUUUUAUUUAUUACAUUACAUUAUUUUUAGUAUUUUUCGGGUAGUACAUAUUUUUACAAAUGACACUUGAAAAAUGAAGGACUUUCCAUGCAAACUUUCGACCCCUAUUUUACCCCGUUCUGAUUUUAUUUUCGCGACUUUCAUUUGAGUUCAAUAAGUAGGAUGCCCGGUCAACAAAAAGACGGGACAGACAGACAGUAUCAAUUCAAUAUCAAUUACCUACAUAAUGCCCUGCAACAAUAAUUUUGAAAAUAACUUCAAUGUAUAGAAUUACACCUGUUACAGUUUUAUUAUAAGUUAUAAUUAUAAUAUAGAUAGAUGUACAAACACUUACAUAUCAAUCAAGUAAAUGCUCGAAUGUCAAAGAUGAGACUCCUAAUUUUUGACUUAAAGGUUAAAAUAUUAUGCAUUCGUGUCUCUAUUGAUUGUAUAUACCCGAAAAACAGAUUUUUGCUAUAAAUCUGCUAAAGAAAUCAAUCAAAUAGCGAAACUCAUACAACAAAGUUUUACGAGUGUAGGAAGUCGAUAAUAAUAGAUACUACUUUUGAUACUCCCAUCACAAAUAUUAGAAGUACGUUGAUUUAUGGCGUUAAGACAUUGCCGAGCAAGAAAUCGUCAUUUGAUUCCUAGAAACUCUCCUCAUGUAAAUUAGCCUUAAAUGUUGUGUUUUGCCAACAUUAGGCGAUAUUACUUAUAGUUUACACAUUACUUAUACGUAUUUGUUGUUCCUGUUACGGUGAAUUUAUUUUGUUUACAUUUAAGGUAAUAAACAAUAAUUAACGAUGUUAAUACCUAUCCAUGAGACUAGAAAAUUUAAUAUUAUACAUAUUUCUGAAUAUUUUGUACUCAAUGUAUAUUUUCUCAAUAUCCUAUUAAAAGAGAAUCGUUUUUUUAUAUUAGGCAAAUGAAAUUUAUGUAGAUUGUAGGUAUACAAUAUUCAACUAAAAAGUUCUGUUGAAUAGGUAGAGAUCAUAAUGUUUAUACUUAUACGUCUCUCAUUAUAAAUUUAUUUUAUAUAUCUACAUACAUAAAUAUUUUUAAGUGCUUAUAAAGCAUUGCAGAAUUGUUUUUAUUUUACUUAUGUUAACUUUUAAGCUGCAUAAAAAAAUAAUACUAUAGAGAAAUAUUUUCUCAAAAAACUUUGAUGUUUUAGGUGAGAACGUUUAAGAUUCAAUUCAGACGAUUAUUCCAAGUAGGUACGUAGGUACCGUAUAGAAUAUUGUUGUAUUAAAUCUGAUUAGUAAUUAGAAUUGACGUUUAGGUAUUUUAUCAAUUUUAGGGUAAUAGAGUAAUAAAUAAGCCAACUUUAAUAUUCCUGUUAAUUUUCUUUUUUUGGAUGAAUUUAUUUUGAUAAAUAUAGAUUUUUAUCCUUUUACCUUUUACACAUUUAAUAAUAUGUACAAGUCCCAUUUCGUUGCCAAUAAAACGGUGUCCUUGUAUGUGUUUUAUACAGAAGUAACUGAUUAUACCAUACUUACUAAUAACAUAAUAUGUAGAUAGGGAAACGUAGAAUACGGCAGCCACGUAGGCGCUCAGGUCGCAUAAAGAAAUGACAUGGGGAGACUCUCAAAGCCCCUGAACUAUGAACGGAUCAUAGUGGCAGAAAUCGUCAGAAGCAGAGUGACCACUGACCAGUACGAAUAAAAAUGCAAAAGAUCUGCACAGCGCCAUAAUGAAUAACGUACAUAAUUUUAAAGAGAAGGCGAUCACAGAGAAUCGUAUAAUGCAGGCAAAGAUUAACCAUAAGUAAAGCCUAAACAUAGAAAUUGUUGUUAAAAAUUGAUGUAUUUUAGAGAAUUAUUGAUAAAAUCGAUGUUACAUAGAUGUUUAUUGUAAAUACUAUAGAUAUAUAUUUGAUCGAAGUAUGAGGUUUGAAUGUUUUAGAAGGCUGUAUUUUUGGGUGAUAUUUUAGAAUUGGAAGUCAUCAUAUCUUUGAUAAACAUUAUUAAAAAGGUUUAUCGGACGUGAAAGGAUAGCAAACUGUAAUGAUGUGAUAAGUAAUUUAGUUUUAGUGUUGUUGUGCUAUUAUAAUAAAAUAUGUUCAGAUGUG